GGGAAUGGCUCUAGUCUAGGCCUUUCGGUUUGCGUGGGCGGCAGGCCUGCCGCGGGGAGGGUGGGAGCUGUUGCAGCCGCUCACGGGAGGAAUUUCAUGAGACUUAUUUGAUGUUGAACUGUCUGCUGGUCUUCCCUGCCCCCAGGCCUGUAAUACCCUGGGACACUGCUAAUUAAGACUUUCCUGCAGAUGGAAGAACUGGAGCAAGGCCUACUGAUGCAGCCAUGGGCCUGGCUACAGCUUGCCGAAAACUCCCUCUUGGCUAAGGCUUAUAUCACCAAGCAGGGCUAUGCCUUGCUGGUUUCAGAUCUUCAAGAGGUGUGGCAUGAACAGGUGGAUGCCAGUGUGGUCAGCCAGCGAGCCAAGGAGCUGAACAAGCGCCUGACUGCCCCCCCUGAGGCUUUUCUCUGUCAUUUGGAUGAGCUGCUUCGCCCACUGUUGAAGGACAUUGUUUGCCCUGGGAAAGCUACCUUCUCCUGUGAACGUGUGGCGGAGGCACUGAUACUACAGGUGCGGAGUGAGCUCUCUGGUCUCCCCUUCUAUUGGACUUUCCACUGCAUCCUGGCUAGCCCUUCCUUGGUCUCCCAACAUUUGAUUCGUCCUCUGAUGGGCAUGAGUCUGGCAUUGCAGUGCCAAGUGAAGGAGCUGGCAACAUUGCUUUGUAUGAAAGAUCUAGAGAUCCAGGACUACCAGGAGAGCGGGGCUACAUUGAGCCGAGACCGGUUGAAGACAGAACCAUUUGAAGAAAAUUCUUUCUUGGAACAAUUUAUGGUAGAGAAACUACCAGAGGCAUGCAGUGUUGGUGAUGGGAGACCCUUUGUCACGAAUCUACAAAAUCUGUAUAUGGCAGUCACCAGACAAGAGGUCCAAGUGAGACAGAAACAUCAGGACGCUGGAGAUCCUCAGACCUCAAGUAGUGCCUCUGCACAAGGAACUGAUAGCCAACUUCUGAACCAGCCAGAAGAGCCAGUUUCCUCAGCACCAUCUCUCCCAGUGCCUGACAAAGAACCCACAGGUACUUCAGGCCCUGUGAAGAGACCUCAGCUGUCCAAGGUCAAGCGGAAGAAGCUAAGGGGGCUCUUCAGUUAAGCCACUGUCUCAACUGCUGAGGAUGGACCCAGAGAACAGUUCCUGGUGCCACCUUGAAAGGAGCUCCUGGGGCAGCAGGAACUCUGACAUGGUUACAUCAUCAGAGGCUGGAUCACUGAAGUUCAUAUUCACAGGCCACCUGAAUGAGUGCUAUUAACUGACAGAAUCUUGGCUCCACCCAUUGGGCAUUGGCCUGUCCCAGUGGAAGCCAGUCUCUGGGAAUCCCAUACCUUCCUCUCUUUUGGUGGAGGCUCUCUAGACCCACGACCCUACCAUGGACUUUAGGUGUAUAGAACAAGUCAGCAAAAAGGCACAACAUGCUUAGGAAGCCUUGCCUAUCUUUCUCAAGAGUCCCUAGCCAAUUCCAAGUGCUCCUCAGAGACCCACUUCUCUCUUUAGCUUGGAACAAAAGGCACUCACACUCCCCUGCUUUUGAGAGUACUUGUUCUUCGGAAUACAUUACCCACUUCACGUUACUGGAUACCACUCCACUGUUGUCUCUUAAUAAAGUCUAGGCCCUUAGUCCAAU